AUGGAUAUACAUGCACAAGAGAAUCAGACGGGUAUUCGUUUUAGCUGGAAUUUAUGGCCACCUACAAAAGCAGAAGCAGCAAAAAUAGAAGUACCUUUAGGGUGUUUAUAUACUGUAUUAAAAAGGACAGAUGAUAGUAGUGUUAAGUUAGUAGAAUAUGAGCCAUUAAAAUGUAAAACUAGUAAUUGUAUUUUAAAUCCAUAUUGUAAUAUUGAUUUUAGAAAUAAGACAUGGACAUGUCCCUUCUCAAAUAUUAAGAAUCCAUUUCCAUUACAUUAUGCAGAGCAUAUAUCAGAGAAGAAUUUGCCUGCUGAUGUUAUGUAUUCCAAUAUUGAAUACAUCCAACCUUCGAAUGUAGGAGAUAUUCCCCCCCCAACAUUUUUAUUUGUUAUUGAUACAUGUUUGUUGGAAGAAGAGUUGGAACAGUUAAAAGAUUCGAUUCAACAAUGUAUUAGUUUAAUGCCUGGAGAUGCUUAUAUAGGUAUAAUUACAUUUGGCAAUAUGUGUUAUGUUCAUGAGAUUGGUUUUAAUGAUUGUUUAAAAUCUUAUGUAUUUAAAGGGAAUAAAGAAAUAAGUGCUCAAGAUUUACAAAAACAAUUAAAUUUAGGAAGUAGAAAUGAUCCACGUAGUUCUACAACAUCUGCUUCUGCUCGUCGAUUUUUACAACCUGUUAGUGAAUGUGAAUAUAAUAUUAAUAUGUUAUUAGAAGAUAUACAAAAAGAUAAUUGGCCUACACCACCUGAUCAGAGAGCUAAAAGAUGCACUGGUGUUGCAUUAAGUGUUGCUAUUGGUUUAUUAGAAUGCUGUUGUAAUCAAUUAAGUGGUCGUAUUAUGAUGUUUAUAGGUGGAGCAGAUACUACAUCUCCAGGUAAGAUUGUAGAUACUCCUUUAAGUGAAUCAUUAAGACAUCAUUUAGAUUUACAAAAAGAAAAUUCGAAUGCUAGACAUGUUAAAAAAGCACUAAAAUAUUAUGUAUCUUUAGCUAAUAGAGCUGUAGCAUCUGGUCAUGCUAUUGAUAUUUUUGCCUGUUCAUUAGAUCAAAUUGGUUUAUAUGAAAUGAAAGUUUGUUGUGAAAAGACUAAUGGUUUUAUGGUUAUGGCAGAUUCAUUUUCUAUGAAUGUAUUUAAAGAUUCUUUUAAAAAAAUAUUUGAAACAGAUUCUACUGGAUAUAUAAAACAUGGAUAUAAUGCAAAAUUGACAGUUAUUUGUUCUAAAGAAUUUAGAAUAUGUGGUGCAAUAGGUGGAUGCUCAAGUAAUAAAAAAACAGCUAAUUAUGUAUCUGAUACAUGUGUUGGAGAAGGUGGUACAUGUGAAUGGACUAUCUGUGCUUUAGAUAGACAAUCUACGAUUGCAUUUUAUUUUGAAAUAGUGAAUCAGAAUUUAGCAUCAUUACCUCCAGAUAGACAAGCAUAUUUACAAUUCCAAACAUUAUAUCAACAUCCUAGUGGAAGAAGAAGAUUACGUGUUACUACAAUAUCAUAUAGAUUUGCUGAACCAAAUAUAGCUGAAAUAUCUCAAGGUUUUGAUCAAGAAACUGCUGCUGUGAUUAUGGCUAGAUUUGCUGUAUUAAAAGCAGAAACUGAUGAACCUAUAGAUGUAUUAAGAUGGCUGGAUAGAAAACUUAUAAGAUUAGUGAGUACAUUUGCAGAUUAUCAAAAGGAUGAUAUUAAUUCUUUUCAUUUAUCAUCUGAAUUUUCAAUAUAUCCUCAAUUUAUGUAUCAUUUAAGAAGAUCUCAUUUUUUACAAACAUUUAAUGCAAGUCCUGAUGAAACAGCAUAUUAUAGAAGUAUUUUAUUAAGAGAAAAUGUUAUGAAUUCUUUAAUUAUGAUACAGCCAGCAUUACUUCAAUAUUCAUUUGAUUCUCCAACACCAAUACCAGUAUUAUUAGAUGCACAAUCAUUAAAAUCAAAUGUAAUUCUUUUAUUAGAUUCAUAUUUCCAUAUAGUUAUAUGGUAUGGAGAGAUGAUAUAUCAAUGGAGAGAACAAGGAUUUCAUGAGAAGCCAGAAUAUGAACAUUUUAGACAAUUAUUGAAUGCACCACAUGAAGAUGCAAAAUCAAUUUUAGAAGAUAGAUUUCCUAUACCUAAAUUUGUAUUAUGUAAUAGUGGUGGUAGUCAAAGUAGAUUUUUAUUAGCUAAGGUUAAUCCAUCAACAACACAUAAUACAUUAAGUGGUAGUACUUUUGGUACUUCUAGUAAUGAAUCAUAUAUAAUUAAUACAGAUGAUGUUUCUUUAAAAAUAUUUAUGGAUCAUUUAGUAAAAUUAGCAGUACAAACAUGA